AUGUCUAGAACUGAAAGGGAUUACCAGUACGCUUCAGACAGCACUUAUCCAGGAGAGACGCAUUCUGAUGCUUCGGCGGGGAGCGUGCAUCCGCACGGCGCCGAUCCGAGUUCUUUCGCCUCCGUUGCCCCCCCCACCUACGCAGGUCAGGCGCUUCCGCCUCUCGCAUCCUCCUCUUGUCCGUACCCCUACUCACCUUCCUCGUAUUCUCCUGACUUGGGACCGGUGACGUCCUCUGAACAGGCUUCUCCCCACUCCCAUCCCCAUCCUACCUACCCCCCCGGCUACCCUGCCGCCUACUCGCCCCCCCAACCGCUUCACCAUGCUUACCCCCCCCCUAAGCAAGACGGAUACAGCGUGUAUGGAGGCCUCAAUGCGACUGGCUUCGGAGCACCCACGUACCACCCUCAUGGGCACGCACCGUCGCCGUACGGAAGUCAAGAAGGCUCCCCGUACCCGGCGCCAGGAGGCUACAAUCCCAACCCGGCGUACCCCGGAGGCCCAGGGGCCGCUCCUGGCUGGACCUCGGGCCCCGGGGCUGGUCCCCGGCGGAUCCCGCAGUCUCCGGGCUUCGGGGACCAACGAGCUCGAGGCCCUGACACGCCUUGGCGCCACAGCCAGUUGGGACAGGACGGCGGGAACCGCCGGGGCAGAUACGACGCGGGGACGAUGGGUUCUCACCUCGUCGAACCGAAGUGGAGUGAAGAGCAGUUGGCGCCGAUCAAAAAGGAUUUCUAUGUGGAGCAUCCGAGUGUCGCUUCGCGGACAGAGGAUGAGGUUGCCGCGUUUCUUGAGGCGAACGCGAUGCGCAUCGACGGCCAGGAACCCACGCCUCGCCCAGUCUUCUCCUUCGAGGAAGCGGGGUUCCCCGCGCCGAUCCAGAACCAACUGAAGAAGAUGAACUUCGCCGAGCCGACAGCCAUUCAAAAAAUUGGCUGGCCCACAGCUUUGAGUGGGCGCGACAUGAUUGGCAUUGCGCAGACUGGGAGUGGCAAGACGCUUGGAUUCUUGCUUCCCGGUCUCGUGCACGCCUCAGCUCAGCCACCACUCGCUCCAGGCCAAGGACCGAUCGUCCUCGUCCUCGCGCCCACGAGGGAGCUCGCGAUGCAAAUUCGCCACGAGUGCAUGCGUUUCACGGAGGGCCUGGCGCUCUCUUCAUCUGCAGAAGAUCAAGAAGGCGGACAGAGAAGCGGAGUGCGAUUCCGAACUGCCUGCGUAUACGGCGGUGUGCCUCGACAGGGGCAAGCGACGGAGCUCCGGAACGGCGCGGAGAUUCUCAUCGCCACGCCAGGACGGUUGAUCGACUUUCUCGAUCUCGGAGUGACGAACCUGAAGCGCGUGUCCUACAUCGUGCUAGACGAGGCAGACCGAAUGAUGGACAUGGGGUUCGAGCCUCAGGUGCGAAAAAUCUUUUCGCAAGUUCGCCCUGACCGCCAAACGCUCCUGUGGUCCGCAACCUGGCCGAAGGAGGUUCGGGGCUUGGCAAGCGAGUUCUGUCGGACAAGAGUGGUCAAACUUCAAGUGGGGAAAGCUGACUUGCAAGCGAAUGCGAAUGUCACCCAGCGUGUCGAAGUUGUUUCCUCGAAUCAGCUGCAGCAUCGCCUGCUGUCAGUUCUGCAAGAAGAUAUCGCGGGGCAGAAAACUCUGAUUUUCUGCGAGACGAAACGCCAGUGCGACCAACUGUGUCGGGAGCUCCGCUAUCGCCAGCUCCGCGCCCUUGCCAUUCACGGAGACAAGGAACAACGCGAACGCGAUAGAAUCCUCCACGAUUUCCGGAAAGGAGACUGCGAGAUUCUUCUGGCUACCGACGUGGCGAGCCGAGGCCUAGACAUUCACGAUGUGAAGUUCGUCAUCAACUACGAUGUUCCGAAAAACAUUGAGUCUUACAUCCACCGCAUCGGUCGUACGGGACGAGCCGGCAAUAAAGGAACUGCAAUCAGUUUCUUUCAGUACGAUUUCUAUUCUCCAGAGAAGGUCACUAUGGCUCGGAAGAUAUGCGAGGUUAUGCGCUCCGUUGGACAAGAGCCGCCACCGGAACUCGAGAAGAUCGGAGCACCUCGAGCCUCUUCCAGAAGCAGGAUGUAG